CUAAAACGUGGUCGAAUAUUAGAAAAUUCAACGUCUUGGCCCGCGAAAAUAGUAAAUAAUACGCAAAAUAUCUUUGGAAGCCUUGAUUAUACGAUAUUUUAUUGUAAUAUUUCAAAAUUUUGAGGGAGAAAAACCACAAGCGAGUGCUUUUGACCCACCUGUACUUCGAAGCCUGAAAUAAUCAUGAAAUUGACGGCAGACCUCAUACUACAGUCGUCACAGUUUACAAAUGCUCUCAAAGACAGAGAAAUUGAUCUUCGAGGAUACAAGAUUCCAGUAAUAGAAAAUGUUGGAGCAACUUUGGAUCAGUUUGAUACAAUCAACUUUUCCGAUAAUGACAUCAAGAAACUGGAAGGUUUUCCUCUGUUGAAAAGGCUGAAAAGUCUCAUAAUGAACAACAAUCGUGUCUGUCGAAUUGGCGAAGGAUUAGCAACUUGUCUACCAAAUUUAGAAACAUUAGUGCUGACGAAUAACAGUAUGAAUGACUUGAGUGACUUGGAUGCAUUAAAAAGCGUCAAAACUUUGAGAUAUUUAAGUUUGAUGAGAAAUCCAAUUUUGAAUAAACCCAACUACAGAUUAUACGUCAUACACAGCUUACCACAAAUAAGAGUUCUCGAUUUUCAGAGAAUAAAAUUAAGGGAACGUGAAGCAGCUACCAGACUGUUUGAGGAAAGUUGAAUUUUUGUGAAAGCUCAUGGUACAACAAGGCGUCACCCAAGAAAGAUUGUUAUUCCUUUCAGCUUAUAAGUCUUGUAAUUUUAAAUAUCCUUCUUAACAUCCAUGUGAACAAUAUUGCUCUGUUUAGCGUCAGGAUUGUGGCUGAAUAUGUGUUGACGGAUUGACUUAGAUAGGAAUAAAUGUGAAAUUCAAAGUAUUCAUCUUUUUUUGUCGUAGAUAUAAUUGUAUUCAUGUUGCAAUGUUGAAUCCAUUUUAGUCGAAUUGGCGAAGGAUUAGCAACUUGUCUACCAAAUUUAGAAACAUUAGUGCUGACGAAUAACAGUAUGAAUGACUUGGUUAGUAAAUUUGAUACUGUAUACGCUAUAGCUAUUUGCUUGUGGUACCAUAGGAAAAGUUGUUUCUUUUGCGUUGAUAUGUUUUAUAUGCAGAUGAAAAUUGUUAAAGCUUUUUAACAAUUCA